AUGGAAAAGAUUUUGGAGAAGGAUUCCGUGAAGUGCGCUGUCAUCGUCGGUGCAGGAAUUGCUGGUCUUAAAACAGCGUCCGAACUGUAUGCGAGUGGUGUGAAAAAUUGCAUGCUGCUGGAGGCUAGACCUCGAGUAGGUGGAAGACUAUUUACUGUGAAAAGUGAAGUAUUUCCCGAGCGUGCUUAUGAUUUGGGUGGCUCUUGGCAUCAUCAUACGUUGGAAAAUGGGUUAUUCCUUGAGGAACUAAGUCUUCCAAAGAGUGAACGGGCAGAUUUUGUUUUUGAUAUUGGGUCUGUUAUAUAUAUGGAACAUGACGGUACGUUGAUGAACUGUGAAAAGGUAGGUUUGGAUGCGCUUUUGAACCAGCUUAUGCAAUAUAUUGAGAGUGAGUUGUUUGGGCAAGAGGCUGAAGAUGUUACAUUUUUUGAGAUUUUCUUGAGGUACAUAUAUGAAAAGCAUACUUCGCUGAGUGACAGGCAGAUUGAAAUUCUUGCAAUGGCAGCACAAAAUCUCGAAUUUUGGCAUGGGGUUGAUUGGAAGAUGCUCAGUGGCAGAUGGUCUGAGAUGGAUCAAAAUAGGCGGGACGCUAUGGUGUUGAACUACGACAAAAUUGUAGGUAGAAUUCAAAGAAGCUUUCCUGAGGAUUGGAUCAAACUUAAUACCGAAGUGAGGCAGAUUAAACGUGUUGGUGACGAGGUCCAUGUUACUACCAAUGAUGGUGCUGUAUACAGGACAGAAUUCUGUGUGGUAACCAUUCCGCGGACGGUGUUAGCUCUAUCUUUGCAAGAAGAAAAAAGAAUGGGAAGAAUCGAAUUUAUUCCUCCACUCAAUGAAAGCAUAAGUUCGAAAAUCAAUAAAAUGCAUUUCGGAUUCCUAGGUAAACUGAUAUUGGAAUUCGAUAAGUGUACUUGGGAAAAUCGAUGUAGUAACAUCUUUAAGGCAGGUAUUCAAAAGGUUCAUAUCGAUAAAGAAGUUCGUGCCGCAAGGGAUUUCGAAAGCUUUGCAAAAAAAAUUGAUUCCAUGACGCAAGAUUUUAAGCAUUACUCUGAUUAUCCGGUUGCUAUUGUUAAUAUGAUGGCAAUUGCUGGAAUUCCUAGUUUGAUAAUUUUUACCAAACCUCCUUCAACUGAAUACAUCGAGAAUUCAUGCAAAGCUGAAAUAGCUAAAACCUUUAAACCGCUUAUUGAUAUUGUAAUAAAAGCCAUUGGAUCGCCAUUUGAUUGUAUAAUUGAUCUGGAGAGCAAGAUUACCAACAACUCUGAUUUAAAGAACCCAAUUUUAAAAAAUGUGAUUACAACAUCGUGGGCUAAAGACCCAUAUUCACUGGGCGGGUACUCGGCCUGCCACGCAGGCGAUGACCCCAAAGGUCUUGUUGAGUCAAUAAAUAAGGGCCAAGAUAGCCGGAUCAGAUUUGCAGGAGAGCAUACUGUUUUUAAGUCUCUUGGAUGUAGUUAUGGCGCAUGGGAAAGUGGCAUACGUGAAGCUCAGUAUAUAUUAAAACAACAGCGCCAAUAA